AUUCUUCAUAUUUUAUUCCAACUAUAUUAGAUUUAUUACAUUCCGCUUUCCCGCAAAAACAGACCCAAUCUCUCUCUCUCUCCAAACAAAAUUGACCGGAAAAUUUUAGGUAAUUGUAGAAUUAUCCACCGACGCUACAACACCUUGUAGCGGAUCUAAACAGGUCAGAAAUGGAAGAAUUUUGUCUGAAUUUAUGGGGAGAGACUGUAUUUGGUUUCGAAUUUCAUGCUUCUUGAUUUCAUCUUGGGACAUUUUCGUGAUAAUUUAAAGGAUUGAUUUUGGUGGGUGUACAAGAUAAGUCAUAGCCUGUUCCUCUCGAGCAUGCUUCUUCUCUGAUACAUUUUGCGGACAAAGUGGGUCAUGCUAAUUUGAGUCUCAUGAAAAUUUGGAACUUUGGUUGGGGUACAGAAGCCAUAUUUAUUGUCCAUGGCUGUGAGCUACUUAUCAAUCUCUGUGGUCUGCACAGUGUUAAGCUUUGUUGGCAUCCAGUAUUGGACGGGACUGUCACUUGAGAAAGUGAUAUCAAAUGGCUUAACUGAUGAGAUUUCUAUUUUUUCUGGGAACGCUGAUCGUGCACUAGAGCUGCUUUUGGGUUCUUACACUACAGUUGCUUUGUUGGCCAAUUUUGCUCUCAACGUAUUUAUCCUGCUCAUUCUGUGUCUUAAGACUAUAUUUUUUGUGGAGCUGUAUCCAUCUGAAACUCGAAAACUGGUGGAACGUUUUAUUAAUUAUGUUAUUUACAAGGGGAUAUUUCUUCCAUUGGUUGUCCAGCCAACAAUAUCUCAAGGGGCCCUAUGGUCAACAUGGUUGAUUGUCCUUUGUUCCUUAAAGAUGUUUCAAGCUUUGGGUAGAGAGCGUCUUGAACGUCUGAAUGCGUCUCCUUCUGCAUCCCCUUGGACAUAUUUUCGUGUAUAUUCUGUAUUAUUGUUCAUCAUAUGUAUCGACUUGCUCUGGAUAAAGACGUGUCUGGUGAUAUAUAGAAGAUUAGGUUCAUCUAUGUUCAUGUUGUUAUUCUUUGAGCCUCUCAGCAUUGCUUUUGAGACAUUACAGGCAAUUGUGGUCCAUGGAUUUCAGUUGCUAGAUAUAUGGCUCCAUCACUCAGCAGAAAAUAGCACCGAUUGCCAAAGAUCUAAACUCUUUGAUAUAUCAGCAGCAGGUUCAUUGUGGGAAUGGAAAGGCAUUCUUAUACGUAACUUCGGGUUUCUCCUAGACGUUAUGACGUUGUUUAUGGCUCUUGGUCACUAUUUAAAUAUUUGGUGGCUUCAUGGCAUGGCAUUCCAUCUUGUCGAUGCAGUCCUAUUCCUAAAUAUACGUGCCCUGUUAAGUGCAAUUGCAAAGCGUAUCAGAGGAUAUAUAAAACUGAGAAUAGCUUUAGGGACUCUUCACGGGGCACUUCCUGAUGCGACAUCUGAGGAGCUACAAGCAUUUGAUGAUGAAUGUGCUAUCUGUAGAGAACCAAUGGCUAAGGCUAAGAAGCUAUCUUGUAACCAUCUUUUUCAUCUUGCAUGCUUGAGAUCUUGGUUGGAUCAAGGUUCGAGUGAGAAUUAUUCAUGCCCCACUUGUCGUAAACCACUUUUUGUGGGCAGACCUGUAGACGAUGCAAACCUGCAUGCCGGAGAAAUUUCAACUGAUGAGCAACUUGCCCGUGAAAUAAGUGCCCGACUUGAUCGGCAUGAUAAUCCUGGUCAUACCCUGCCUACAGGAGUGUUCCCUGAGCAGGCAGAGAACCCUUUAGAACGUGGUGCUUGGAGGGGGACAAGAAUGGAUCCAAGUUGGUUGAAUACUUGGGGUGGCCGGGGUCUCGAUGGUGCUGGUCCAUCUACUGCUAUUAGAUCAGUUGGAUUAGGGAGAGUCCAGAUGAUGAUGAGGCAACUCGCUGCUGUAGGAGAAACAUAUGCCCAGACUGCCUUUGAAGAUUCUACUUGGAGUCUUUGGCCCACAAAUCCCUCUCAGGCUGGUACAUCCAGUUCAACUGUUCCUCCUGCAGGUUCUGUACGGAACCCUGCAAGUGCUGGUGGUUUACAUAUGAGGACUAUUUCACGUGCUGCCAAUGAUAGUGUAGCAAAUAUGCUUGCCAUGGCUGAAACAGUACGGGAGGUGCUUCCCCACAUCCCUGAUGAAUUAAUUUUUCAGGAUUUGCAGCGAACAAAUUCUGCAACUGUUACUGUGAAUAAUCUUCUCCAAAUGUGACUCGGUAAUUUUUUUUCUUCUGUUUCUAAUGUCUGUGCUGCAAGAAUAGACAGGUUCAAGAAUUUUGAAGGGUUGGCGACACAUUACCAAAGGUUCUUGAACCAUGCAGCAUUCUGUUGUCUUUCACUAUGUUCUGUUUGAUACCCUAUAAGCUCCAUUCAGUGUACAUACAGGCGAUUUACUAAAUUUGCUGCCACUUGUGUGAAAAAAAAAAGGAUGUGCAGAUAUAGCAUUUUUGUAAAAGAAAAUAAAUUUGCUCUACAUGUGCACAUGUACAAGUUUGUUUUCCUGAUCUUAAUUUUGACACUACAUUUUGUUGCCUUAA